AUGGCGAAUAUCGAUUUUAUGAUGGAUCCCGGGUGGAAAUACUUGCGGCAGGCGCAGGAUGAGGCGUUGAAGGAACAAGCGGCCCGUCGUUUCGACAACAAGACUCACGCAUGGGUUCCCGAUCCAGCCGAAGGAUUCGUGACGGCUUCCAUCGCUGUGCAGGAAGGUGACAAUCUGACAAUGACAAUGCCAGAUGGACAACAGAAAAAGACGACGAGAGCCGAGGUUCAGGAGAUUAAUCCAGCAAAGUUCGAGAAGACUGAGGAUAUGAGUAAUUUGACGUUUUUGAAUGAGGCUUCGGUUCUGCAUAACUUGAGACAACGCUACUACUCGAUGAUGAUUUAUACCUACUCCGGUCUCUUCUGCGUCUUCAUCAAUCCCUACAAAAUGCUUCCAAUCUACACCGACUCGGUCGCCUCGAUGUACGUGAACAAACGACGGGCCGAGAUGCCACCUCAUCUCUUCGCCGUCUCUGAUGAGGCAUUCAGAAAUAUGAUGUCGGACAAGGAAAACCAAUCGAUGCUGAUCACCGGAGAGUCGGGAGCCGGAAAGACUGAGAACACCAAGAAAGUUAUUGCUUACUUUGCCAUGAUUGGAUCAGGGAAUAAGGAUCAGAAAUCUGAAUCCUCUUUGGAAAACCAAGUUGUUCAAGCCAACCCUGCAAUCGAGGCGUUCGGAAACGGAGCCACCACGAGAAACUACAACUCAUCUCGUUACGGAAAAUUCAUUCGAAUUCAUUUCGAUAGAAAGGGACGAUUGGUUGGAGGAGAUAUUGAGCAUUACCUCCUCGAAAAAUCCCGUGUCAUCAAGCAAGCCCCUGGCGAGAGAUCCUACCACAUCUUCUACCAAAUCAUGACGCAAAAGGCGUUGAGAGAACGUUACGGAUUGAGCGAUAACAUUCGUGACUACAAAUUUGUGUCGCAAGCCGAGAUUACUGUACCCGGCAUGAAUGAUACAGAGGAGUGGGGCAUUACUGAUACCGCAUUCAACGUGAUGGGCUUCUCGGAACGCGAGAAGGACGACCUCUACAAACUGUGUUCGGCCAUCAUGCAUAUCGGAAAUUCCACGUUUAAGCAGAAGCCAAGGGACGAGCAAGCCGAGGUGGACGAUAUGAAGAGCCCCACUGCCGCCUGCAAACUCCUCGGAAUCGACACCGAUCAAUUCUUGAAUGCUCUCACUCGACCAAGAAUAAAGGUCGGAAUGGAGUGGGUUAACAAGGGACAGAAUGUCCAACAGGUCGAUUGGGCAGUUGGAGCCCUGUCCAAAGCAAUCUACGCUCGAAUGUUUCAUUGGCUCAUCAAAAGAGUCAAUAAGACACUUCAAGCCAAUUCAGAUGAUAUGGUUUACUAUAUUGGAGUACUGGAUAUCGCUGGUUUUGAGAUCUUUGAUCGCAACUCGUUCGAACAACUGUGGAUCAACUUUGUCAAUGAGAAACUCCAACAAUUCUUCAAUCACCACAUGUUCGUAUUGGAGCAAGAGGAGUAUCAGAGAGAAGGAAUCGAAUGGACAUUCAUUGAUUUCGGAUUGGAUUUGCAGUCUUGUAUCGAGUUGAUUGAGAAGCCGCUCGGAAUUGUGUCAAUGCUCGACGAGGAAUGCAUUGUCCCGAAGGCCACCGACAUGACCUAUGUCGACAAACUGCUCACCCAACAUCUCGGAAAACAUCCAAACUUCCAAAAAGCCAAGCCACCAAAGGGGAAACAAGCGGAUGCUCAUUUCUCAAUCAUGCAUUACGCAGGAACUGUCAGAUAUAACGCUGAGCAAUGGUUGGAUAAGAACAAAGAUCCGUUGAACGACUCGGCUGUGGCUAUUCUGAAGACAAGUGAUAAGGAGGGAGUACUGUAUCAAUUGUGGGAGGAAUAUCAGACUGAUGUCGAUCGAGAGGAGAGUGAGAAGAGGGGAAAAGCUGCCGCGAAGAAGAAGGGAAAAUCGGCGUCAUUCUUGACGGUGUCCACAAUGUACAGAGAGUCAUUGACUUCGUUGAUGACCAUGCUUCACACAACUCAUCCUCAUUUUAUCAGAUGCAUCAUCCCUAACGAGAAGAAGACCUCCGGCUUAAUCGACGCCCCAUUGGUUCUCAAUCAGUUGACGUGCAACGGAGUACUCGAGGGAAUCCGUAUCUGCCGGAAGGGUUUCCCGAAUCGAAUGAUGUUCGCAGAUUUCCGUUUCCGUUAUGCUAUUCUGGCAGCUGAUGAAGCAGCGGAGAAAGACGCCGCAAAGGCAUCGAAGGCAAUGCUGCGCAAGUUGAGCAAGAGUAAUCAGUUGAAUGUGGACACUUUCAAAGUUGGAACCACGAAGGUGUUCUUCAGAGCCGGUAUGCUGGCUCGUCUGGAAGAACUGCGUGACGAGGCGCUGUCUGCGGUGAUCCUCAAGUUCCAGUGUUCCGUUCGACAUUAUCUUGCUCAGGUCGAGUACAAACGACGCCUCGAUCGCGAAGACGCCUAUCCGAUUAUACAGGAGAACGUGAGAGCCUGGAUUAAAUUACGCUCCUGGCCGUGGUACCGUCUGUUCUCUCGUCUGAAGCCGAUGCUGAAGGGAAUGAAGUCGAACGCCGAAAUCGAAGCACUCGAGAAGAAAUGCAAGGAGUUGGAGGAGAACCAUAAGAGAGAGGAGGAGGCGAGAAAGAAAUAUGCGGAUGAGUUGAGAGCCAAAAUCGAGCAAUACGAGGAGACCAAAGCUGCUUUGGAACGUGACCGUAUGCUUCUCGACAAGCGUAACAAAGAGAUCGAGGAGCUCAACAGAAAUCUGAAAUCCGAGUCCGAGUCGAACUACGAGAAUGCGAAAAAGGCGGCCGAGUUGGAGAAGUUGAGAGAGAAGGAGCGAAAAGAGUGGGAUGAGAAGGAGAGACGAAUGCAGAUGGAGGCUGAAAACGAGGCGAAUAAUCAUAAAACUCAGACCGAGAAGUUGAAGGAUCAAAUCGCGUCGAUGCAGACCGAUUAUGAGAAGUUGUCCGUCCAGAGGAAGGCUCAGGAACAAAUGAACGCGGAACUCGUCGAUGAGGUCGCUGCUCUCAAGAACAAGGCAGAGCGUGCCGAGGAGCAAAAGAAGAAACUCGUCGAGGACCUGGAUGCGAUGGAUGAUAAGUUGGCUGCCGAGAAGAGAGCUAACAAUGAACAUGUCAAGCACAACAAAAAAUUGGAGGCUCAACUGAAGGCCACUCAGACUCAGCUGACUUUGGCGCUUAAGGAGAAACACGAUAAUGAUGUGGAUUGUAAGAGACGCGAAUCUGAAAUCGGAGAACUCAAACUGAAGGCCCAAGGAGACGCCAAUCUAAUCUCAAAGCUCCAAGCGAUGCUCCGUCGCUGUAUCUCUCGAAUCGAAGAGCUCGAGGAGGACCUUCUGGAAGAACGUAAACUCCGUAUGAAGGCGGAGAGACAAUUCAACGAACUCCGCACCGAAUUCGAUCAGCUCACCGAGCAAAUGGCCGAAGCGAGUGGACAACUCACCGCCGAGGCACAUAUUAACAAAGUCAGGGCUGAGGAGGUGUCCAUGUUGAGACGUGAUCUACAGAAGAGAAAUUUGAAUCAUGAGGCGUAUAUCUCGGAUUUGUGUAGCAUGCAGUAUGCCACCGUCAAUAAUUUGAGAAACUUGAGUCAACAGUCUGCCACCCUUGAAACCGAUGCUCUUCGUAUCCUCGACCACCGUCGUGCCAUCAGCAAACAACCACUCCCAAGAGUCUAUGUCGAGGAUCCGGAUAGUGAUUCUGAAUAA